AUGGAGAGGACAGUCGCGGCGCUGACACGGCAUUACCCGCAUCGGGAUCAGGCGGCCGCACAGGCGCUCGCGGUAUUGGCGGCGUAUCCAGGGCUGCUGAACCCGGAGCAGAGCGAUUUCACAUACGAUGACGGCCGAGUCGAGCUCCUCCUCUCGCUGACGGGUGUCCUCCCCGUCCCAAUCGGCCCGAACACCUACCACUGUCCUAUCGCCAUCUGGCUGCCCCUCGACUUUCCAGCAAAGCCGCCGACGGUGUUUGUGCUGCCCAGCGAGACGCUGGCGAUCCGGAAGGGCAAGAACGUCGAUGCGAGCGGGAAAGUGGGUGUGCCGUACCUGGACAACUGGGCGAGAAAGGCUGAGGGUUGCUCCCUCACCGGCCUCAUCGAAGACCUUGUCCCUGUCUUCUCGGCUCGAUACCCUGUCUCGGUCGUUCAGCCCAAACCCCGCCCGCCUCGCCCUGCGGCAACGCCCGAAGCGACUCAGGGCCAUUCCUCACCGUCGCAGCAGAAUCAGGCCCCACAGCCUCCUCCGCCACGACCUCCUCCUCCCGUCGGUUCUCCCCCUCCAGCGAACGGGCUUCCGCCUCGUCCGCCACUACCGCCUGGAGCAACGCAGAAUGGCAGCCGGCCGUCGUCGGGCGUGUUCGAGCCUGGCAUUGCUUCAGGCUUUGGUCCCGCAGGCUCACGCCUGUCAGGCUCGCCAGCUCCGCCUCCCCGUCCUUCGCCACCUAGCGGUUCUCCGGCCCAACGAGCGCUCCCCGGGUCAUUCUCUCAACCUCCCGGACCGCCUCCAGCCUACCCAGCUCAGCCACCUCGGCCGCCUCCAGCUCACCCGCCCGUACCGCCACCUCAGCGUACAAGCACGAUCCUCGGCUAUGGCUCCCCUCCGCCGGCUCCGCCUGCAGCACCCGUGCAGCCGCCGAAUCAGUCUCCGCCGGCCGCGCUCCACCCGGAGAACGCUUUCUCGCAACCACCGCACGCUCAAGAUCAUCCUGAGGCAGUGGGUCACGCCGCGCCGCCCUCGUAUCAACAGCCACUACAGUCGGCUGCCCCCUCUCGCGACUCAUACGCACAACCUCCAUUCGCACAUCCUCCUCCUCCUCCUACACACGCAUCGCCUCGCCCUGCUUCGCCCGCGACUUCGACCGUCCGAGCCUACUCGCCUGCGCCCUCCGUCGUCGCUCCGCGUCAUCCGCCCCAUCCGCCUCGCCAACGAGACUCUCGCUACGCAGACGACCAGCGCCGGGCCUCCAUCGACUCGGCGCGCUCUUACCAGCCGACACCGCCGCAACCGCCGAGACCUCGACACGAGCAUCCGCAUCAACAGACGCGGCCUUACUCGCCUGCGCCCUCAGAGACGGCGUCCUACGCCUCCUACGCUCAGCGGCCGCAGCCGCCUGCCGAUCACCGCGCUCCGAGGCAGGCGCAUCACGCGGUGCAACCCUCGAUUGGGUCGCAGCGCGGUCCGCCUGUGCCUAUCUCGCCUCCUCAGCCGCCGCCAUCGCAGCCAGGAAGACAGCAUGCGGGACGGUCUCUGCGCGAACAGACUGCCUCUCCGACUCCCACGCCGUCUGAGGCCGGCUCGACGUCGACUGCGCCGUUCCGGUCUCGCGGUCCUCGACCGCCGCCGCCCCCGAGCGAGUACAGCGCGACCGGCGAGUACGGCUCGUACAUGCCGUCGUCGCAGCAGACGUCGAUGGGUGGCGUGCCGACGAUGACGGACGACGACUUGUACAGUCAGGCGUCGGGGUACUCGGGUCGGCACGAGGAGGUCUACCGCGCGCCGGGACGGGCAGCGGAGCCUGCUCCGCUACCGCCGCCAGCUCGCUCGGCCACGACCUACUACCAGCGUGAACCCGAGCCAGCGGCUUACGCGGAAUCGGCGGCCAGCUCGCCCUUCGAGCCAGUCAUCGAAUCGAGGGGUGCACCGGGACCGACUGUCCCCUACCAGCCUCGUCAGCCGCCUCGCCAGUCCUCGCUUGAAACGCACCAGGGUCAUCAGCCGUCCAGCGCAACAUCAUACGCCCCAUACGGCACGCCUCACCCGUCUUACCUCCCUCCACAGUCCUCAGCGAUGUCGUCCCCUCCUCCGCCUCAACCGCCCGCACCGCCAAUCACUGCGGUACGACCGAACGGACACUUACCGCCUCCUGCGCCAUAUGCAGCGGUACCAAGUCCGCCUGCUCCCGUCGUCUCGGCCGCUCGAACUGCUCGCAAGGCGAGACCAGCAAAGGCCACCCCGCUCAACAUCCUCGACGCGGCAGACGACGAUCUCGCCUCGCCUUCCUCGGCAUCGCCUUCGUCCAUCGCCUCCCCGACCUCCGUCUCGGUCGUAGGCGGUCCUGCUGCUCCACCGCCUGUCCCGCCUAACCCGGCUCUUCUCGCCCUUCGCACGCGCGUGCACUCGAAACUCGUCUCAUCACUCACGACUCUCGCACAUUCGACCGAAGCCGAGCUCUCGCAACUCGACUUGAUGCGCGUUGACCUCGAGAAGGCGCAACCUGCAAUCGAGGACGAGAUGGCUCGCCUCGAAGCGGUCAGGAGCGUGUGUCUUGGCGUGAGGGAUAGGUAUGCGGAGGUUGUGGAUCAGGCGGAGGGCAGGUUGCGCGAGUACGAGGCGCGAGGAGAGGGUGUUGAGGUAGACGAGAUUGUCUGCGGCAGUACGGUCGUCUACACCCAAUUGCUUGACCUCGUCGCAGAAGACGCCGCUCUCGAAGACACGAUUUACGCCCUCGGACGCGGCCUCAACUCGGGUACAGCCAACAUCGACCUUGACCGUUUCCUGAAGCGCGUCCGCCUCCUCGCGAAAGAGCAGUUCGUCAUCCGCGCGACAAUCAACAAGAUCCUUCUCGGAUUGGCGAUCAGACGAGAGCGCAGCGCUCAGGCUGGUGUGGGUGCGAAUGGGAAUGCGAGCGGAAGGGGGACCCCGGUUGGUAGCGGCGGAGGAGAUUGA